AGCAAGUGGUAGUGUUUAACAUCGGAUACGUGCCGUCCAAGUACUACGAGGUGUUUGGUAAUAAGGACUAUGAAGGAUUUGUACAUGAAACAUUCCUCGCCUUGCUGUUGAUCAUCUCAGAAUCAUUGAUAAAGAGUACUAUAACCUUUGUUGGGUCCAUUUUAUACAUCCUUUUGCGAGGUUUGCUUACCAAGAGGAUACAUCAGAAGUACUUUAAAGAUUAUUUGUACUAUAAAAUCAAUGUUCUCAGCUCUACAGACAAUCCUGACCAGCGUAUUACUCAGGAUGUUGAGCGACUUUGUUUUUACUUCAGUGAAAUAUUGUCACCUCUAGUUAUCUCCCCUUUCACAAUAGGGUAUUAUAUCUAUCAAUGUAUACAAAAAACAGGAUACUUAGGUCCAGUGGGAGUCCUAGGCUUCUUCCUGGUAGGAACAGUGUUCAACAAGUUGUUAAUGUCCCCAGUUGUUGACUAUGUAUUUAGGAGGGAGAAGAUGGAGGGCAAUUUUAGGUAAGUAAUAUGUCUCACAUGAUGUUUCAUUCAAUACGUCACAUGAUGUAUUAAAGAGUGUGUCACUUGUUG